AUGGCAACAUUUCUAGUCUACGAGAAAGCCGUCCAGACAGCAUAUAGCGUUGUAGACAAGAGAGAGCUCUCGUCAAUGGGGGUUACUGGUAUUAACCUUGGUGCUGGGCUUGUCGCUGGAUUGGCCGCCGCCGUCGUCUCUCAGCCGGCCGAUACAAUGCUGAGUAAAAUCAACAAGGAAAGAGCAGUCGUAGGCGAAAGUACAUCCCGUCGCUUAUUUCGCAUUGCUUCUGAGCUUGGACUACGCGGUGCCUACACAGGCAUGCAAGCACGUGCAGUUAUGGUUAGUGGCAUGACGGCAGUGCAGUUUGGCAUCUACGGAGACAUAAAGAAGAUCUUUGGGGCAACCGAUGGAGUGGAGUUGAGCGAGCGCUUCGUUUCUGUAGACUCUUAUUCAGAAGAACUGCAGCAGGCGGCCGUGUAG